CAUAUUUGACUUAAAUUGGAAAUUUGAACACAAGAAAAAGUGCUGAAAACUAUUCAAUUCAAAUGUAUUGCCUCACACUCUUGCAAUUUUGCUCCUCAUUUCCACCUAUAACAAGUCUCAGCCCUGUUAAUAGCAUAAUACUGGAGAUACAAGAGAAAUGGCUAAAGUUCACCAGCAAAGCCGGCAACAUCACAUUACCCUUAAUCACAAUGCGAUAUUAACCUCAAAUAUUUGAUAGCUUUGUUUACCUUUGAUCUGGUAUCAAUAGUUUUCACUUUAAUCAAAUAUUAUGGUCAAUAACCAAGAUUCCUCACCCGCAAUCCACAAUGUUUAUCCUCCGCUAUAUAACAGCCAAAGUGUGGCUGUUUGUAAUGUUCUUGAAUCUGGGGCUUCGCCAUGUCUACAUCCAGAAAAGUCGCAGUGGUUACUGGCAGCAACAAAGGCAUUGGCCUUGCCAUAGUUAAAAGCCUGCUGGAGAAAUUCGACGGCGAUGUCUUUCUAACCGCUAGAAAUUCCGCUAAAGGAAAAACUGCAGUUGAGAAGCUCAAGGCUUUGGGGUUUAAGCCCCAGUUUCAUCAGCUGGAUGUCGUUGACCAAAACAGUGUAGACACUUUCCGGGACUACAUUAAGCACACAUAUGGGGGGCUGGAUAUUCUAGUCAACAAUGCUGGCGUAUAUGCCGAUAAAUCACUCCCAUUGGGGGAUCAAGCUGAACAAAACGUGGGAGUCAACUAUUUCGGCACGCUAAAAGUAAGCGAGGCUCUUUUACCCCUCCUCAGAGCGAAUGCCAGAGUUGUAAACUUAUCGAGUUCAGCAGGUCGCUUGAAACGAAUUCCCUCCACUGAUCUUCAGGCCGAAUUCAAGGACCCAAACUUGACCAUUGAAAAACUGAACAAUAUGAUGAAACAAUACAUAAAGGCGGCAAAGGAAAACAAUCACAUGGCUGAGGGCUGGGGAGACAACGCUUACGUGGUAUCCAAAGUGGGACUCAGUGCUUUGACUCUCAUUCAGCAGCGGCUGUUCGAUCGAGAGAGCCCGAAACGCAAUAUUUCCGCCAAUUUCGUCCACCCAGGAGCAGUCAUUACCGACAUGAACCAAAAUGGGGUUUUACAAGUAGAUGAUGGGGCAAAAUCCGCACUGUUUGCUGUAUUUCAGCCGAAUUUGAAGGGAAAAUAUGUCUGGUACGAUUGCCGAAUUAUUGACUGGGAUGGACCUUUGCCUCAGUGAUUGACUGUUGGCAUUGAUAGACUCAUGUAAAUAAAUAGUUCAAGAUGAGUUGAAGAUGAUUUGUUUGAAAAGCUGAAUAAAAUUGCCGUAGUGUUCGAUUA